AUGGCUACUUUUCAGCACGAAGAUCGUAUACCGUCUUUGAGCAGUGACCAAACAACAUUGAAUGGUCGUCGUGACAGACAUGAAGAUAUGACUCUUUCAGAUGAAGAGAAAACUGGUGAUCCAGUGACCGGCAAUGACAUCGAUGCUAGUGACAAAGAGAAAACGUUAGAUACGCCCAAAAAAGACCAACAGACACAGAAACCUGCUGGUCCUCCACCGCCACCUAAUGGAGGAUUGACAGCAUGGUUGCAUGUCCUUGGCGGCUUUAUGCUGUUCUUCAACACAUGGGGUAUACUCAACACAUUCGGAAUAUACCAAACAUAUUACGAAAGCGGUGUUCUCUUCAGAGAAACCUCUUCCAACAUAUCAUGGAUUGGCGCCAUCCAAGCAUACAUGGUAUUAUUCGUCGGCUUUCUCUCAGGACCAAUCUAUGAUCGAGGGUACUUUCGUGUUCUCCUCGCUGUUGGCUCUUUCGGAGUUGUCUUCGGCCACAUGAUGCUCAGUAUCAGCAAUACCUUCUGGCAAGUCCUUCUCUCACAAGGAUUUUGUGUCGGUAUUGGUGCUGGCUGCUUGUUCGUCCCUUGCGUUGCCAUUUUACCUGCGUACUGGAGCACGAAGCUCGGCCUCGCAGUUGGUCUGGCGGCGGCUGGAUCCAGUAUGGGUGGUGUCAUCUAUCCAAUCGUGUUCUACAAGCUCAUCGACCAGGUUGGAUUCGGGUGGUCGACACGUGUCAUCGGCUUUAUCGCGCUGAUCACUCUCAUAAUUCCUAACGUCGUCAUGAAGAUGCGCUUCAAGCCACCAAAAGCACGAGCAUUGAUCGAUUGGAGCGCGUUCACCGAUGGACCAUACAUAGUAUGUGUCCUUGGUGCUAUGGUCGGUUUCAUCGGCUUAUACGUCCUAUUCUUCUACAUCAGCUAUUACGGCCAAGCAACGGGCAUCACGGAUGCCGCAAUGAGUUUCUAUAUCGUGCCUAUCCUCAAUGCCGCCAGCACGUUUGGCCGAGUACUGCCUAAUGCCCUCUCUGACAAGACUGGUCCACUCAACCUAAUUAUGCCAGGUGCACUAAUCGUCGGUAUCCUUGCCUUCUGCAUGAUAGCCGUCAACAGCGUAGGCGCCAUCGUCGUUCUCGCCAUCCUCCUCGGCUUUUUCUCGGGAGUUUUCAUCGCCUUGCCGCCGGUGUUGUUUGUGGCGCUAACGAAGGACAAAACAAAGAUCGGUAGCAGGAUUGGGAUGGGUUUUGGAGUCCUGGGUUUUGGUGUUUUGGCCGGAGGCCCAGGCGGGGGUGCUCUGCUCGGCGAUGAAUCGUCUGACUUGAAUUGGUCGGGAACGUGGGCCUAUGCUGGUGCUACAGCUGUAGCAAGUGGUGCUAUAUUCCUGGUUGUGAGAGUGUGGAAGGUGGGAUGGAAGCUGAAAGCGAAGGUCUAG